GUGCUGACAUCGACCGUCACCUCCUUUUCGUCAACGACAAGUAAGCUUUUGAGAUCAUUUGCACUAUAUUACAAUCAAUACCCAGAAAUUUGCCGGUGCAAUCCUGAAUCAGGAGUCACAUAGUUCCCAAGGAAACAUCUAGCACUGAACAACAUCAAAUAUGUCCGGCACCGAGAACCAGCAACCCAGCCUCGUCGGGGCACACGCUGAAUACGUCAAGGGCGCCGCGCAGGCUGCCAUUGGCAACGUCACAGGCUCGGAGGCAUGGAAGGCAUCGGGAGAGCAGGCCAAGGCGCACGGCGUGUCAGAUAUGAAGGCUGCGAGCGAGGGCCGGGACCCGAGCAGCCAGGGGUUCGGCAAGGCCGAGGAGCUCGCUGGGAAGGCGGUCGGCUGUGAGGGCAUGGUCAAGGAAGGCGAUGCUAGUGCGAAGAAGGACUAAUAGUGAAGUGAAGGACGAAUGAAUGGAACUUAAUGCGCAAAUGGUUAUGUCCAGGACUGCGGGACUCCUCGUUCUGUCUUGAACCUUGCCGUAGUUCUUGAUACAAGAGCGGGAUUUAGUCCUCCUAUCACAGAUGGUAUCAUGUGCUCUGGGAAUGAUAAUAUCCCGAGAUACUUAUGACGGCGCGGUUGGCAAUGAGGAAUUUUGAAACCCUUCACAAGCUCA